UUCGCCGCCCAUUGUGAAGCUGAUCAAUACCUCGCUCGCAUCAGGGCCAGGAGAUGAGAUGCUUCCAGUGUUGAGAAUUGUUCCCUGGCACCAUGAGAUCGGACAUCGCGAGGGUGGGCAGGAGAUGAUCUAGGCGUCCAAUUCCUUUGCUGCGAUUGAAUUGAUAUUGGUGUUGGAUUUGUCAGUGUUUGUGCGGGGGGUUGAAGUGAUGGCAUUUGUUGCAGUGCGCCCGUUGCCUGCUUCAUCGUGUUUGGUGCAGCGCCCUGCGUUAGGGUUUGGACGGGGACGACUGUCAUCGACAGCUCGCGUGGCAGUGCCGAGUUUGCAGUUGAGACUGUCUUCUGUCCGGUGUAGUGCGGAGGAAGGCGAGGGUCACAGGCCGCUUGUCGAAGAGAAGCGGGAAUCCAAAUUGCGUUCCGAUGGUGAUUCUUUGAAUGAAGAAUUGGGGGGUUGGUCUGUGGCUGAGGCUGAGCAGGAGGUGGACUCUAGCUCGAAAUCAGGUUUCAUGCGAGUUGGAGCAAGCCUUCUUCUGGCAGUUGGUGUUUCAGUGGCCUCUUACCUCUAUUUUCAAAAAAAUGGAAGGAAAUUAGUAUCAAGUCCACUUCCUCAGGUAACUACACAAGAAUUGGAAGUAGCGCAUGAAGCACCUCUACAGCAGAAGUCACAAGCGACGUCCGAACCUGACCUCUUUGACGACGACGACCAGGACGCAACAAUUGUUGACUCUUCAGCAAAGGACGACGGUGACGAGGUGAAUGUGGAACUUGUAGACAACAAUGAAGUUGAAGAAAAGAAACAAGACGUUUCAAAUCAAUUGGAUCGACAUAAUAUAGAACAAAUCGAUCAACUUGAUUCAGAUACGCAAGUCAGGAAUUGGAAGGCAGUGGUUCCUGCUGUCGUUGAUCGCAUGCAAGAGCUGGCAUUAUCAGCCUUGCAAGCUCUGGAGGUUGUUGAAGACGAAGUUGACCCUGCAGCGGUUUGUACUCGGAGAAAUUAUGCUCGCUGGUUGCUUGCUACUAGUAGUAAGUUGACGAGGAGUGCCGCUAAUAAAAUACUUCCCGCAAUGUACAUAGAAGAAGAAACAGAACUUGCUUUUGACGACAUAACUCCUGGAGAUCCUGACUUUUCUGCUAUCCAAGGUCUAGCAGAAGCGGGACUAAUUCCUAGUAAACUUUCCAGCAUGGAUACAGAUUCUGGUGAGGGUGAAACUGGCGGAGUCCUUUUUUCUCCUGAUAGUCCAUUGUCGAGGCAAGACCUUGUAAGCUGGAAAAUUUCUCUCGAUCGUCGGUCCCUUCCAGUUAUUUCUAAGGAGGACUUUCAAGCACAAUCAGGCUUCAUGGACGUGGAUCGCAUUGAGAGUAAAGUAUGGCCAGCAAUUGUUACUGACUUGUAUUCAGGAGAAAGCAGCAUCAUUGCUACUGCUUUCGGGUUCACAAGAAUGUUUCAACCUCAGAAGCCUGCAACUAUUGGUCAAGUCGCAAUUGCGCUUGCAACUGGAGAUACGUCCGAUCAACUCGGGGAGGAGGUAGCAAGGCUUGAAGCAGAGAGAAUGGCAGAUGAAGCAGUUGCAGCAGAUGCUGCAAUGGAAGCUCGCACGCAAAAGGAGGUAAAAGCUCUAUUCGACGAGGAAAUUGAGACUGAGAGGAAACUUAGGGAGGAAGCUGAGAAGCUGCUUGCGGAAGCGAAAACCAACUUAGAAAAGAUAACUACAGAAAGAGAUGCCGAGAGGGAUUCGCUCCUGAAGGGCCAGGCGGAUGUUGAAGCAGAGAAAGACCUUUUGUAUGAUACCCAGUAUAAAGUCGAUGAGCAACUGCAAGCUUUAGCCACGCUUCGUGUAGAAAUUUCCUAUGAGAAAGAGAGACUUCAAAAGCUCAGUUCAAAAAUAGAACAAGACCAGGAGUCAGCUUCCAGAUUAAGGACGGAAAUUGAUUCAGAAAAGAAAUCACUUGUUCUUGCAAGAUUGGAAGCAGAGGAAGAGGCCCAAAAGGCACGGGAACUGGCUAGAGUGCUUGAAGAAGCCAGACAACAUUGGGCGGGUCGAGGGAUUGAAAUCCAUGUCGACAAGUCUUUCGACGAUAACAACAUUCCUGGACCAAGUUGGCGCUAUACCGGUGGUAACACAGACCUCGAGAAAGUGCUUCAUCGUGCACCCUUGCAAGAUGUCAUAGACAAAGGAGAAAACCUGAAGACCAGGAUCAAUAACGGUGUGUUAAGAUACUGGCAUCUACUCCUGCAGGUAGUCAGCCGAUUUUAUUACAAAAUUCUGGAGUUGUUGGGGCAAAUAAGGAGGAAGUCAUCACAGCUAUCACUCGAUACCUUUUCACAUGUCAACCACAGGAUGGAAGACACAAGAUCAGUUGUUGCUGGAAAAAUUCGUGGUGUUCAAGAUGCAGUGUUGGAUGCUUCUGCUGGUGCUAUGGAGGGAAGUAAGAGAUUCGCUGAUGGAUGCAGAAGUGGAGUUGGAAAAAUUUCACAACGCUUCAAACACGACUGAGGUAGCAAAAGAGCAGGAAGAUAAUGUGUUAACAUUCAUGUUCAAGAGAACGUUUGUCUUGGGAGACUAACAUAGUGAGUCCUCAAGUUUAGUAGGUAUUAAUGAUAAAAACAACAUAGAUACUCAUAGUAUCCAGGCUUAUUGUAGGUCUGAUUGCCAUCGCUUCCCACUCUUCACAUAUGCUAGAGAUGAAUUGUAUACUGAAAAGCAUAGAAAGUUGAGGCAGUAUUGGUUCCCUCUACUUUUUGUUUUAGUUCUGACUAGUCAAACAUUCUGCUUGCUACCAGAAUUCACGACUUCCUCUUUUCUGGCUUUUAUCUUUACUACAAUAUGACAUUUUACAGGGGAAUCACCACGCCUCAACUAUUCCAAAGUUACAAAUGUCCUUAGACUUACCCGAGAGAAAUCUAUGUGGCGGGUUCAGAGGAA